ACUUGUUUUAUUUAGCCAAUUGGUCCUCCCCAUUUUCGCUCUACCGUCCAUUGAUUCUUCUCUCUUUCUCUGUAACCUUUUCAGAUCUUUCCAUAUUUCCCCAACCCAAUUUUCCUCUAAUCCAAACACUUCCUUACAUUCCCUGAAAACAUUUUCCCGGGAAAAUGAGGGAAAUUCUCCACAUCCAGGGCGGUCAGUGCGGUAACCAGAUCGGUGCCAAAUUCUGGGAAGUGAUAUGCGACGAGCACGGCAUCGACCACACCGGAAAGUACAGCGGCGAUUCGGAGCUCCAGCUCGAGCGUAUCAAUGUCUACUACAAUGAGGCUAGUGGUGGUCGUUAUGUUCCACGAGCAGUCCUCAUGGAUCUCGAGCCUGGUACAAUGGAUUCUGUCCGAUCCGGCCCUUUCGGACAGAUUUUCCGACCCGAUAACUUCGUAUUCGGUCAGUCCGGUGCGGGGAACAAUUGGGCCAAAGGCCAUUACACCGAAGGAGCUGAGCUGAUCGAUUCUGUUCUUGAUGUGGUGAGGAAGGAAGCUGAGAAUUGUGAUUGCUUGCAGGGAUUCCAAGUUUGUCAUUCUUUGGGUGGAGGAACGGGUUCUGGAAUGGGCACCCUUCUCAUUUCCAAGAUCAGGGAGGAGUAUCCAGAUCGCAUGAUGUUGACAUUUUCAGUCUUCCCUUCUCCUAAAGUAUCUGACACUGUUGUUGAGCCAUACAAUGCCACCCUUUCUGUUCACCAACUUGUGGAGAAUGCUGAUGAAUGUAUGGUACUGGACAAUGAGGCUCUGUAUGAUAUUUGCUUUCGUACUCUCAAGCUCGCAACCCCAACCUUUGGCGAUCUCAACCAUCUGAUCUCUGCUACCAUGAGUGGUGUCACAUGCUGUCUUCGGUUCCCUGGACAGCUGAAUUCUGACCUCCGAAAACUUGCAGUUAAUCUUAUUCCAUUCCCUCGUCUCCAUUUCUUCAUGGUUGGUUUUGCACCCUUAACCUCGAGAGGCUCCCAGCAGUAUCGGGCCCUUACAGUACCUGAAUUGACCCAGCAGAUGUGGGAUGCUAAGAACAUGAUGUGUGCUGCUGACCCUCGUCAUGGCCGCUACUUAACUGCUUCAGCCAUGUUCCGUGGUAAGAUGAGUACCAAAGAGGUAGACGAACAGAUGAUAAAUGUCCAGAACAAGAACUCUUCUUACUUUGUUGAAUGGAUACCCAAUAACGUCAAGUCUAGUGUGUGUGACAUCCCACCAAAGGGUCUGAAGAUGGCAUCUACUUUCAUAGGCAAUUCAACUUCGAUUCAGGAGAUGUUCAGGCGUGUAAGUGAGCAAUUCACAGCAAUGUUCAGGCGGAAGGCUUUCUUGCAUUGGUACACUGGUGAGGGUAUGGAUGAGAUGGAGUUCACCGAGGCUGAGAGCAACAUGAACGAUCUUGUAGCUGAGUACCAGCAAUACCAGGAUGCCACUGCUGAUGAGGAGGAGUACGAGGAUGAGGAAGAAGAACUUGCUGCAUGAGGUACUUUUGUAAUUUCAGUUUGUCUGAAAUUUGUAAUUCUAUUGGCGCAUUUAUCAGUGAGUGAUUGUGUUCCUAUUAUGAAAGUGUCAAUUAGAUUGACAUAUAGUUGAUGAUGUGAAUGGUUUGUGGGUCUUUGUUUCUGAGAUGGGUUGGUUCUGUGACCAUCUUUGUAAUUUAAUGUGAAUCAGUAAUGUUUGUACUAAGUGGAUGUGUGCUUAUUAUUAGA